AGCGAUUUCAGUCGUGCUUUUGCUUCAAAGUCCCUCGCUCGAGACCCUAUCUUCCUUCGCUUUGCUCAGAUCCGUCUAUUCAAGGUUCGAGCUCGUCAUACCUCUUGGACUGCCGUCUUUCCAGUCCUCCUUUUGCCCGAAAAUUUCUCUCUGAAAAUCAGACUGCAACCCCGCCAAAAUGUCUUUAACAAAUUGCCGUUUCUACGAGGAUAAGUACCCCGAGGUUGACAGCUAUGUCAUGGUCAAUGUCAAGCAGAUCGCCGAGAUGGGCGCAUACGUGAAGCUGCUCGAGUACGACAACAUCGACGGCAUGAUUCUACUUUCCGAACUGUCGCGGAGACGUAUCCGUAGUAUUCAGAAGCUCAUUCGCAUUGGGCGGAAUGAGGUUGUUAUCGUCCUCCGUGUCGAUAAGGAGAAGGGCUACAUCGAUCUUUCCAAGCGUCGUGUCUCCCCCGAGGAUGUGAUCAAGUGCGAGGAGCGUUACAACAAGAGCAAGGCGGUGCACUCCAUCAUGCGCCACGACCUCUACCAGCAGAUCGCCUGGCCCUUGAACCGGAAAUACGGCCACUCCCACGAUGCUUUCAAGAUUUCUAUCACCAACCCCGACGUCUGGAACGAGAUCGAGUUCCCCAGCGAGCCCGUCAAGAAGGAGCUGCAGCAGUACAUCAGCAAGAAGCUCACCCCUCACCCUACCAAGGUCCGUGCCGAUAUCGAGGUCACCUGCUUCGGCUACGAGGGUAUCGACGCCGUCAAGAAGGCUCUCCGCACCGCCGAGGCCAACAACACCCCCGAGAACCAGAUCAAGGUCAAGCUGGUUGCUCCUCCUCUUUACGUCCUGACCAACCAGUCUUUGGACAAGAACCAGGGUAUCCAGAUGCUGGAGGCUGCUAUUGAGAACAUCACCACCAAUAUCAAGGAGGCCGGUGGUAACUGCACCGUCAAGAUGGCGCCCAAGGCCGUCACCGAGCACGAUGAUGCCAUUCUCCAGGAGCUCAUGGACAAGCGCGAGCGGGAGAACAUGCAGGUCAGCGGUGACGAGGACGAUUCCGAGAGCGACGAGGGUGUUCCCGAGUAAACCUAUGCAGUCUACUUUCAUACCAAGGGGCGUCCAGCGUUGCUUCGCCGCUCGCGACCCGCGCAAGGGACAGAGGAGGGGAAAUAUGGGGAAGACCGGGCGAACUGGAUAGAGAAAAGCCAUGCAUGUUUACGCGAUCAAUGAGAUGAAGAAAAAAAAGGCUUGAUGGUCUCUUACGUGCUACGGGGCACGAUUGCAGUCAGAUAUUGCCUUUGAUCCAAGAGCAUUCGCCUGCACCUCGGGUCCGGGGAUGAUUCUAUCAUGUCCCUUUCGACGCAGGCGCCAUGUGCCAGUCGAUAAGGGCCUCAUGCUUCGUGCCCUUUUCUUUGAUGGUUGCUUGCAUGGAACGAGGUGCAUGUUCUGAUGUAUAUUUGUUGUGAUGCAACCGAGAUGUUCAAUGCCAGUGAUGCUUCUAGAGCUUUCUAAACAA